GUGACGUUGCACAUGCGCAUUUUACACAUUUGAAUGUUUUGUGAUAUUUAGCAUUUUUUUUUUAAUAUGAUGUUUGAAAAUGCUUCUUUGAAACGAAAAAGUUCCGAAUUAGAGCCAGGAGAAGUCGAAAAUGAAUCAGACGAACCAGAAGCUAAACAUCUUUGUGUUGAAAUUGACGUUGAAGCUUCUAACCUAGAAAGCACAAGCCAAAACAACCCAGACACAAAUAAAGAACCUGGACUAGAAACAGUUACCGAAAAACUUAAAUCAGAGACACUCAUUAAAGAAAAAUCAGAAACAAUAGUUGUGGAAGAAAUCUUACAGAAGCAAGAAACAGUUAAUGAAGAAUCAGAGAUACUUCAUAAGGAAACUGAAUCAGAAACACUCAUUCAAGAAUCUAAAUCGGAAACAAUAAUUGUAGAAGAAACUGUGCCGAGCCCGUGUAAAAACAAUGAAGAACCUAAAACAGAAAUCUUCCUUGAAGAAAAAUCUGAAACAAUAGCGGUAGAAGAAACCGUACUGAGUCCGUGCAUAAGCAUCACCUUUCACAACGACGUUACUGCAGGCUUAUACAAAACGACUUUCCUAAAUUUCAUCAGUACAUUUCCUGAAUUACAAGUACGAGUUGAAAAUGAUCUCGUCUUUGAUGUUUACAGAGAUGAGAGUAUCGCGAGUAGUGAGGUACACAGUGGUACUGACACCACAUCAAAAAAACGAAAAAAACAUUCAAAAGUGAAGAAAGAGCUGUUUGUGGUUGACGUCAAACCUUCACCUAAUGCGAACGGGACGCAUUUGAGGUACACGACGAAGUUUGUAAUAAACACGGAAGAAGCCGCUGAGGAUAACACAAAACCUACUAAAACCUUGUCAUGUUUCAAUUGCGGAGAGGGUCAUAAUUUGAAAGAUUGUCCGCAUCCGCGAGACUCUGCUAAAAUAAACGCAGCUAAGCAAAAAAUUAAAUUCACAACAUCGGGUCGUUAUCAUGCAGAUGAGGGGCAAAAGUAUGACCAUUUAGCCCCUGGAAAGAUUUCAAAUGAGUUGAGAAGAGCGUUGGGGCUGUAUAGGGAUGAGGCCCCCCAUUACAUUUAUUUAAUGAGGAGUAUGGGAUACCCACCUGGUUGGUUGGAAGAGGCCAAAAUUGAACAUUCCAAUCUUGAUAUGUUUGAUAUUGACGGAAAAAAUGUGAAAAGCAAGGGAAAGAAACACGGUUUAGAUGAAAGUAAAAUAAUUGAGUAUCCUGGUUUUAACGUCCCUUUUGAAAAUGGGAUUGUUGAUGAUUAUCACAAGUAUGGAGUGGCUCCAUACUCGGAUGCUUUCAACAAAAAAGCAAUGAUUGACGUUUUUAAUAAACUAUAUGUGCGACAAGAAGACAAUUUGGAGAUUUGUGACAUGGAUUUGGACCAUAGUUUUGAGGAAGAUCCCAAAAUAAUGUCGCAACCCGAAAGAAAUUCCCCAUCAUUGAUUGAUUUAGAACAACAAAAGAAACAAUUAUUAGAAGAAUUAAAUGAUGAACCUAAGAAUGCUGAGAAAUCCGCUUUAGACAAAGAAUUUUUAGCUGUUAAAGAAAGUUCUUUUGGGACUCCUAUAUUAAAAAGUGGUUCGCCUUAUUCGACACUUCCAGAUCCUGAUAAGUUUUCAAAAGAUGUCAGUCCUGUCAUUAAUUUUGAAAAUUUACCAAACUCGACUGGAAAAUAUGAGCAAUUAUCGGAUGUUUUACAAAAAGUUAGAGACACUUUAAAAAAGAAGCGAGACACGUAACAAUACAGUACAAAAUAUUUUGUAUAUGAAAUUAUAUUGUAUAAAUAUGACCUACAAUGUGUGCAUGGGGCUAUGAUAGACAUGUUUUUAUUGUUUCGUCUAGUAUAUAGUUUAAAUACAAAUAAACUUUUUACCUCGA